GCUAGAUUAACUGAGACUUGUCACAGCAAGUAUAUUGUUGCUCACUUGUUGGUCUGAUUGCUUCUACUUUGUAAGUCGCUUUGGAUAAAAGCAUCUGCUAAAUGACUAGGCCUAAAUGUAAAUGUCACUCAUCAGUUCUGUUCAUGGCUUUGAACAUGGUAUUAUAUAAAAUGCUAGUAAGAAUUUUGUAAUGAUCUGAAGGCCUAAAGAGAAUGUCAAAUUUUUCUGGUUUUAAAUUGUCUGAUAAGGAUCUUACUGUUUGUGUUAAAUUGAACUAUAUUGGACAUUUUAAUACUGAGCACAAAUUUUAUGAGGAAAUGGAUGUUUUUGUUUUGCAACUUGUAAGGUUGUUUAGGUUAUUACAAGUCAAAGAGCUCUAAAAAAGAGGUCUUCAACCAUACUCCUGGAGACCCAGGGUAUUGCAGAGUUAAGUUUCAACCCUAGUGGGUCUCCAGGUGCGGGGGGUGGACGACCUAUGCUCUGAAGUAUAUAUUCCUCAAGCCUCAAGUGUGUAUUGUUGGGGGUAAAAAAAUCCAGUUUUCAUUUUUGGCAACCAGAUAUUUCCUGUCCUCCGAGAAUGGAAGCGAGUUUUGCUUGAUUUAUCUAGCACUCCUCUGCAUUUCUACUGAGGUUAGCAGUAAUGUCAACCACAUCAACCAGGGUCAACGUCACAUGCGAGCAGAGUUUCCUGCAUAGGUACUGGAGUUUCUGAACAGACAUGUAUCUAGUCACUUGCUCAAGCACAAGCAAACCAGCCAUACAGGACAACCCAAAAUCACUGUAUGUCAAGAUUUUGAGGAGCAGCGGUCAGCAAGUGUACACCAAUUUUUUUGGCUGUCACAAUGUUUCAGGAAGGCAAUUUAACCACCAAUGAGUCCUGUCAGAUUCAUGAUGGCAUAUUGUCCCCUUUCUUGCCCAUUGGCUACAUUUUCAUCUGUUGCAUUGGUCUGCUCUGUAACACUGUCACCCUCUACAUAUUUUUCCUUCGCCGGCAUGCAGACUCUUCCAUGGCUGUGUACAUGCGGCACCUUGCCCUGGCGGACACCCUCCUGGUCAUGUGUUUGCCCCUGCGAGUUCACUACCACAACAAAGAAGGUCCCUUCUUCUUGUGCAAGGUGGUGGGCAUCUUUUUCUACAUAAACAUGUAUUCCAGCAUCCUGUUCCUCAGCCUCAUCAGUCUAGAUCGCUAUUUGAAAAUUAUCAAGCCUGUUUGGGUCUUUCGAAUCCAAAAGACAAAGUGGAGCCACAUGGCAAGCUACGUCGUCUGGGUGAUCCUCAUUUCUGGAAUGAUUCCCUUUUUUUCAAGCAACAGUCAAAAACAUCCGUGUGACAAGGUCUGCUUCCACUUCCACAGCAAGGGACCUGUCGGUGGGACUAUAAACCUGACAACAGUGGUGCUCUUCCUUGUUUUUUAUGUAGCCUUUCUUUGUUUUUAUGUGAAGAUCACUAAGAAACUCAAGACUAUGACCAUGGGUAAUGGUGACCCUAAGGCACAGAGUCGCAAAAAGAGGGUCAUCAUAAAGACUUUCUUAGUGCCAGCCAUUUUUACAGUGUGUUUCUUGCCUUACCAUGCAGUACGGAUACCAUACGUUCUGGCUCAGCUGAAUGUGAUCGGAGAUCUUCAUAGCCAACAAUUGUUGCACAUCUUAAAUGAGAGUACUUUGCUAUUGUCCGCUCUAAAUAGCUGCCUAGACCCAAUUAUCUAUUACUUCUUAUCCAGUUCAUACAGGAAAACAAUACUGUGUGCAAUUCAGGGCCAGUUUAAAAACAUGUAUGCUUUAAACAGAAGGAGAAUCAGCAUAAACCGCUCACUCACUGAAAUUUAGCAUUAAUGGAUGACUUUUCCAUUUGUGACUUGUCUAGAUUAAAUACAUUUUUUUUUAACUCAACAAAUUGAAAAUAUUUAGUUUUAAACAAUGUAUACUAUUGGUCACAGCUUGGGUACACAUGACUUAAUAUAUGUUUCAUAUGACCAUUAAAAAAAAAGUAUUUGUAUAAACCUCUAGGGCAUGUGUGUGUAUGUGUGUGUGUGUGUGUGUAUGAUGGUUCUAACAUUGUUGAUAAGAUUUGUGAUAUUUCAUACUUUUGAUCAUUUCACUAUUAUUGUAAAAUACAAACAAUAAUAAUAACAGUCAAGAAUUAUAAGUUGUGUCCAAUCCUCUGAAUGGCAGUUUAAGUGUAUUUAAGUAUGUCUUGCUUUUCUGUAAAUAAUGAAUAUGUAGCUGCAUUUGCUCUAAAGCAGUGGUUCUCAAAUUAUUUUUCUUAUUAUCAAAUCAUUUGUCUCUCUCUCUCUAUAUAUAUAUCAGUAUGAAAUUGUACAGGCCCGUUCAUGAUACAGGCUGAGUAGGAAAAUUAGCAUUUGGUUUCUAAAUGUGUUAUCUAAAUGUGCUAAAGUGUGUGGCAGUUUAUUAUUAUUAUAAUUAUUAUUAUUAUUAUUAUUUUAAAUGAUAGAUUGGAUGUACAGCUGUUAACUUUAACAGCAAGACAUGGGAAGCAUUCAUUUAUAUUUGAACUGUACACUAUUAUGUUUGCUUUGUAGUUAAAUUCUCUCUCUCUUUCUCUCUCUCGCUGUAUAUAUAUAUAUAUAUAU